GGAGAAAAAUACAACUAGACCAAGAGCUAAAUGGUGUGAGAGAGUAGAGAGCGAAAAAGAGAGAAGGUGGGUGUGUGAGAGAGUCGCAAUCUCACUAUCACAUGGGGUCUUUGGCUUUGGGGCCAAAGCAUCAACAAGCAGAGGCACAGCCACAGCGACAGCAAGACCACAAUGAGCCACUGAACCACGUGACUCGCCGAGCCCCCGAUAUGGACUCCGACAAGGAAAUGUCAGCUCCUGUUAUUGAGGGAAAUGAUGCAGUCACCGGUCACAUCAUUUCAACAACCAUUGGUGGCAAAAAUGGUGAACCCAAACGGACGAUCAGUUACAUGGCAGAGCGUGUUGUAGGUACUGGAUCAUUUGGAAUCGUUUUUCAGGCUAAAUGCAUUGAAACUGGAGAAACGGUGGCCAUAAAGAAGGUCUUGCAGGACAGGAGGUAUAAAAAUCGUGAGUUGCAGUUGAUGCGCUUGAUGGAUCACCCAAAUGUUGUUUCCCUGAAGCAUUGUUUCUUCUCUACAACAAGUAAAGAUGAGCUUUUCUUGAAUCUUGUUAUGGAAUAUGUACCCGAGACUAUGUACAGGGUUCUGAAGCACUACAGUAGUAUGAACCAAAGGAUGCCACUAAUCUAUGUGAAACUUUAUACAUAUCAAAUUUUUAGGGGCCUGGCUUAUAUUCAUGCUGUACCUGGUGUUUGCCAUAGAGAUGUGAAGCCUCAAAAUCUUUUGGUUGAUCCCCUCACCCAUCAGGUUAAGCUUUGCGACUUCGGAAGUGCAAAAGUUCUGGUCAAGGGGGAAGCAAAUAUAUCGUACAUAUGUUCUCGUUACUAUCGGGCUCCUGAACUCAUCUUUGGUGCAACAGAAUAUACAACAUCCAUUGAUAUCUGGUCAGCUGGUUGUGUCCUUGCUGAGCUCCUUCUAGGCCAGCCAUUGUUUCCAGGAGAGAAUGCAGUGGACCAACUUGUAGAGAUUAUCAAGGUUCUUGGUACUCCAACCAGAGAAGAAAUUCGAUGCAUGAAUCCGAACUACACAGAUUUUAGGUUCCCUCAGAUUAAAGCUCAUCCUUGGCAUAAGGUUUUCCACAAGCGAAUGCCGCCUGAAGCAAUUGACCUUGCCUCACGACUUCUUCAAUAUUCGCCGAGUCUACGUUGCACUGCGCUAGAAGCAUGCACACAUUCUUUCAUUGAUCAACUUCGUGAGCCCAAUGUUCUCCUUCCAAAUAGGCGCCUGUUGUCACCAGUUUUCUACUUCAAACAAGAAGAGCAUAUGCGGCAGCAGACUGGUCUUGGAUUCCCACACCCAGUUCGUACUUGAAUGUAAAGUCAUGAAACAAGGAAUUAUUUCUUGUACUAGUGGAUGGAUGUGAAGCACACGAGGGCCUCUUUGUGGUCUUAUAUAACACACUCAGCAUUUUAGCCUAAUCUGCUGCUCUCUGGCUUAACCUGGAAAUGGUUGAUCCUGUCUACUAUACCAGUUUAGCGGAAAAUUACCGUCUUCCUGCAUCUGUGCAUCGUUUUGAUUGCAAGGAUUAAGGGAAACCAAGUGCAUAAUGCAUUCAAAUCUAGUGUUCGUUGUGGUCCUGCCUCGAAGUAUGUUUGACAGCGCAGAGCUAGAGCUUGAGCUUGAGCAUCAUGCAAUACAAUAUUCUUGCCUAGUGUUUGGAGGUGGUAUCUGUGCAAUUGGUAGUAACACAGCUGCUUGGUGGAAAUUAAUUAACUUGUAUUGGAGAAAUGAUUAGCCACCAUUCAUAUAUUAAUUUGUCAAUUUGCUGACAAAAGCACGCAAAUAGCUUAUAAAUCUUUAUUCCUUAUGAUAUUUUGAUGCAACAAAAUGCUUCAGACCUAAUUUAUUGGUGAAGGCAAAAUCCAGGAAUCAGACUACAAAUGAUAUCGAUAAAAUGUCGCUCUUUAUUUUGUGCUUCUUGAAUUAGAGGACUUAAUAUGUAACCCAGAUAAAAACUCCCC